AUGCCAAUCACUUACGAGGAGAUCUUGAAUGUUUUGAACAUAGCAGAUGGCUCUGAAAGAGGACCCCUUCAACAGAAUGCCGAACAACAAUUGAAGGCGUGGGAAAUAUGUCCUGGUUUCCAUUACACUCUCCAAGAGAUUUACUUGAAGACAGAGUUGCCUUUGCGUGUGAGAUGGAUGGCGAUCAUUUACUUUAAGAAUGGAAUUGAGAAGUACUGGAGGUCGUCUCGCACCAACGCCAUCAGUAAAGAAGAAAAGACCCAGAUCAAGGCAAGGCUCUUUUACCUCAUUGAUGAAAAGAAUAGCCAAUUGACUAUUCAAAAUGCCCACGCUAUUGCACGAAUCGUGCGGUUUGAUUUUCCAGGAGAAUGGCCUACUUUGUUUGAUGAUAUGAGCAAGUCUUUGGAAGAUUACGUUUUCAACAAGGGCAAUCUAGUGGCGACGAAUAACUUGCUAGUGAUUCUAAACCAGAUGAUAAAAGCGGUCUCGAUGGUAAGAAUUGGACGCGCUAGGCACGCUUUGCAAAGCAAAGCCCCAAUACUUGUUCCAGUAUUGAUUAAACUGUAUUGCAAGUUUUUCCACAUGUGGACGACAUCGAUGGACCUAACUAUUAUGGAGAUUUGUUACUUGUGCUUGAAAAACUUGCGCAGGAUCAUUCCUGAAGGCUUCGAACAACCACAUAAAAACAUAGAUAUUGUUGAGUUCUUGAAACUAACCGUGUCCCAUUUACAAGGUUUGGUUAUGGAGCACGAGAAAUACUCUUCCGAUUUGCUUGAGCGGUAUGUGAAAAGCUACAGCAAAUUGUAUGUCAAUCUAAUUAACCACAAUCCGACAAGUUUCAUUCUUCUUUCGUGCUCCCAGGAGAUAGUGUCGACAUUCAUGACUCUACUCGAAAGCAAAGCUGAAGUCAUCUAUAACAGUAGCGAGGAGAAUGACUUUUGGGAAACUUUAGCAUUGAAAGGUUUUUUGAUCUUAAAGAAAAUGGUAAGCUACGUGUACAAGCAAGGUGCAGUGACAUUAAAGCAAAGGAACGAUAAGGAUGAAGUUAAUAAUGCCAUUAAUAAGUUGAAGACCGAUUUUUUCACCAAGGAAGUCAUCUUCAAUCUUUGCGAUCUCAUAAUCACCUGGUACCUAAGACUAAAGCCCUCGGAUUUGGAAAGCUGGCUUCUAGAGCCUGAAGAAUGGACCAAUGAGGAACUUAGUUCGAGCUGGGAGUACCAAGUAAGACCCUGUGCGGAAAACUUCUAUAUGGAUCUUAUCAAGUUUUUCAAGGACGAUCUCUCAGAUUUCGUUUUGAACAAAAUAUCCAACGGUCUCUCGAACAAUGACACAGUGACAAAUAUAUUAAUCAAGGAUUCCAUUUUCUGCACUUUUCAACUUUCAGCAGAUUCUAUAGCUGACAAAGUCAACUUUGACCAGCUAUUGCAACAAGUCUUCAUUCCAGAAGGAUUGAAAAAUGAUAUGGUGGAAAAUAAAAUCUUGAAACGCAGAAUGUGUCUCAUAAUCAACUCGUGGGUAGUGGUGAAUUGUUCCAGAGAAAGCAGAGUGGAGAUUUACAAACUUCUUAUCAACUUCUUAGACCCGACGAAUAAGAUUAACGAUAAAGUUGUGAAAUUAACAGCAAUUCAAACUUUGAGGACUGUUAUAAAUGACUGGGACUUCAACAAGCAAGACUUUCAACCAUUCUUGAAGGAAUUUGUUUCCCUCUCGAUAGACAUGAUGUCAGAAAUGAACUUUACGGAAUCUAAAUUAUACAUCUUGGAUACCUUGUCUACGUUGAUUGAAAGAUGCAACCCAUUAAUUGAUCAACCCACGUUGAUAAAGAUUCUUCAGAUUGUGCCUGGUUACUGGGAGAAAGCGAAUAUUGAAAGCAGCGAGGAAUCGAUUAUCAAAACUUCAUUGUUGCGUGUUUUGAAAAACUUGGUCGUGGCAUUAAACCAGAAAUCAUCAGAAACUUACUUCAUCACAUUGCCUUUAAUUAAAAGCUGCUGCACGCCAACCAGUGAGUAUUACUCUUUGCUCUCAGAAGAUGGGUAUGAAUUAUGGUCUGCAAUCCUCCAAUAUUACCCAAUUGACCUAGAGCCUAACCUGGAAGUUGUAGAAUACUUUGGGCUUGUGCAACCAGCACUAGUUGACUCAACGGAAAUCUUACCAACAAUCUUGUCUAUCGCUAGAAGCUAUUCGCUCUUAAUUCCAAAGGCAUAUGAGACCGAAUAUGGAGUGGGUAUCUUCAGAGUUCUUUCUGGAUAUUUGGCAAACAUGAGAGAUGAUGCUUUUGAGGUCUUUAUUGCAUUAUCGGACAUUUUGUUCUUACAGGAAUCUGCCAACGAACAGUUCAUCACCAAUUUGAUUAACAGUGGACUAAUCAACGCCAUGGUAAACUACGUCCCUUAG